AUGGAGUCAACUGCCCCAAAUAAAAAGGCCAAGCUUGGCGUGGUCUCGGGAGUCUACAUCCCCGUAGUCCUAAACAUCAUAAGCAUUUUGAUGUUUCUACGGUUCGGCUCAAUCUUAGGACGUAUUGGUCUCUUUGGUAUACUAGGUCUACUCGCCAUUGCUUAUUUCGUGGACCUUAUCACGACCCUCUCACUCUCCGCUAUAGCUUCCAAUGGCGAGGUCAAAGGUGGUGGUGCCUACUACCUAAUCUCUCGGUCUCUCGGGCCAGAGUUUGGCGGCUCUAUUGGAGUCUUGUUCUAUCUUGCUCAAGUACUCAACACGGCCUUGAACGUAGUGGGCUUGAUUGAUUGUUUAAAACUAAACAUGCCCGAGCUCAUACCAGCAGGCUUUUGGGAGAGCUAUCUGAUGGAAACAUGUGCUCUCAUCUUUUGCACGGCACUCUGCCUGGCGGGUAGUGGCAUCUUUGCCAAAGCCAGCAACGGUCUACUGGUCGUCCUGCUCAUAUCGACAUUGAGCAUACCCAUUUCAGCCAUGGCACGCCGACCAUUCAAGGACACAGACCUUGGCGUUGAGUUCACGGGCAUGAGUGCCCAGACGUUUCUGUCUAAUUUGUAUCCUGGCGGCCGCCCUCACUACAAAGGCUCGGAGACAUUCCGCGAACUCUUUGGAGUUCUUUUCCCAGCGACAUCUGGCAUUUUUGCAGGAGCUUCCAUGUCGGGCGAUCUCAAGAAUCCGAGCAAGGCAAUUCCGAAAGGCACACUGUGGGCAAUGUUAUCUACCUUGGUGCUUUACUUGCUAGUCAUUUUGUCAAUGGCUUCGAGCAUAACUCAUCAGUCUUUUCUUCACCAUACCAAUGUCAUUUCUACAACAAGCUUAUGGAGCCCACUUAUUCUUGCCGGCGAAUGUGCGACCACGCUUUUCUCGGCCCUGAUGGGCUUGAUUGGGUCUGCAAAGCUCUUACAGGCACUGGCUAGAGAUAAACCUCUGCCAGGCUUGUUUGUUUUUGGAUACGGAACAAAACGCGGAGAUGAGCCGAUAUACGCUGUACUACUUACAUAUAUCAUUGCUCAAGUCGCCCUAUUUGCCAAUCUCAACCAGAUUGCCACCUUGAUAGCAAUGGGUUACCAGAUGACCUUUUUCGUCAUGAACUUGGCAUGUUUUCUCCUGAAGAUUGGUUCGGCGCCCAAUUUCCGACCUGCCUUUAAGUUUUUCAGCUGGCAGAGUGCCUUUGCAGGCAGUAUGCUCUCUGCAGCAGCAAUGUUCUUCAUUGACGAGACAUACGCCGCAAUAGCCAUAUGUCUGCUCGUCUUCCUUUUCCUGGUCAUACAUUACAUGUCACCCCCGAAGCAUUGGGGCGAUGUAUCCCAGAACCUCAUCUAUCACCAAGUGAGAAAAUAUCUGCUGCGACUUAAGCCGGAACACAUCAAGUUCUGGCGGCCACAAAUUAUAUUGCUGAUCAAUGAUCCGAGACGCCAUACUCGCUUGAUUCAAUUCUGCAACUCGAUGAAAAAGGGUGCACUGUACAUCCUCGGGCACGUCAUUGUCACUGACGAUUUCAAUACUGGUAUCCACGAAGCGAAGCUACAGCAAUCUGCCUGGACCAAGUACAUUUCGGAAUUUUCUCGGAUCAAGGCAUUUGUACAGUUGACCAUGUCGCCGACCAUCGAAUGGGGUGUUCGUAAUUUAAUCUUGUCUGCUGGUUUAGGUGGCAUGCGGCCCAACAUAGCUAUUCUAGGCUUUUACAACAUGGAUGAGCUCCGCCAGUCGCUCCCAGAGGCCGACAUAGCGUCUGUUCCCCCAUCUCCGAGUAAGCCAAGCUUCGAUCGCAAAUUCAACGAUGGAACUGUUCGCCGUCGGCGCAGAGGGGACACUUCAGCACGAAUUCUGGAAUUUUCACUUCCGACAGAUCAGAUUCGUACCGAAGGGAUGUUGUCCCCAACAAGCUACGUUACAAUUCUGGAAGAUCUUGCUCUGAGGCAUCGUUUGAAUGUUGCCAUUGGCAAAGGAUUCCAAGCACUGGAAACACCUAGGUCAGAUGGUACCAACACGAAAAAGUACGUGGAUCUCUGGCCAAUUCAAAUGUCUGCAGAGAUCUCAGCCGAGGGCAAAAAUGUACUGACAACAAAUUUUGACACAUUGUUUGUCGAAUACGAUACUGAAGUCGACGAGGAACGUGCUAGGCUCAAAGCAUUGCUGGAGAAACUGCGCAUUGAGGCUGAGGUCCAGGUAUUCUGGUUAGCCUCUGGUGCUCUGUCUACAUACGACUACAUCAUCAAUGGCACCGUGAGGAAUGGAGUUGAUAAGGACGUCAAUCAGGUGCUUGAUAAAGACGAAUGGUGGCAAGAACUUCGAGAUAUCCGCUACGGCUCAUCUCGAACGCAGCAAUACCAAUCCUUGGGAGAAUUGCUGAGCUCAGGCCGGCGAAGAGGCUCAUCUCCAUCACGACAGGACGUGCUCGGGCUGCCCAAAAAGUCCACCGUCUCCCGAGUAACGAGGCUAGGAGCCAAUAUCGGCAUUCGUACAUCUCAUCUCGAUCCAAAUGUUUUAGGUGAUGAAACCGAUCAGCCAAUGUAUGAUUCUAGUGAUGAUGAAUCACCAUCAUCUCCGUCUUCUGACGUUGACUUCAAUGAUGCGGCUAGCGACUAUGAUGCUGAUCAUAGGCAUGAUGUAACCCGCCCGUUACUACAUUCUGGAAGGACAACGAACGAUGGAGACUUACUUCGGCCCCCGGGGCUGCACCCAACAGCAACAGCCCCCGGAGAACAAGGCCGCAGCAACCAGAGCUAUGGUGCCAUAAAAUUGGCAGCACCCCCUGCUGCACCCAGACGGCCAACCGUCAAGCCCCAUGAAUCCCUUGAGCGUUCUGAGAGCACACAAGCAUUACUGGUACCCUCUGAAAGCACGCAGCAGUCCGUCGAACCUCCAUCUACGACUACGCAACCAGCUCGACCUGCACUAUCGAGACAUUCAUCUUCCAUGAGAAAGUUUUCAAGCCGACCGGUCCCAGAGACGCGAGUUCAUAGCGAAGAGGGUGGAGAGCAGCGACUUAUGUUUGCUGAGGAAACGGAGCCGGCGCGUACGCCCAUGACCCGGUCGCGGAGGAAUUCCAACUCUGCAAAGACCGGAGGUCCAGACAUGCAACCACAAAUACCAGAGCUGAUAGACUCGUUUCACUCGGGUUCAGCGAAUGAGACAGAGACCCGCUCCAACUACUCGACGCAGGACUUGCCCUUGUCUUUUAAUGAUCUGCCAAGCCGUGCCCAGCAUAUGAUCUUAAACGAACUCAUGCGUCAGAAUAGUCGGGAAACGGUGGUGCUCCUUACAACAUUGCCUAUCCCAGACGAAGGGACUUGCAAGAGCCAGGAGGCAAGUCUGCGAUAUCUAGCUGAUAUUGAGGUUCUGUGUCACGAGUUGCCGCCAGUCUUGCUCGUUCUUAGCAAUAAUAUGACUGUCACAGUAAGCCUGUGA